AAUUGGCACCGUGUGGCAGGAACACAAUCUGUGGCUACGUCAUCUCUCAAUGUUUGACCUAGUUGCUGUGAAAGUUGCCAUCUGUCAACAGAACACAGCAGGCUACUUGAAAUAAAACACAUUUUCUCUUUGCUGCAAUGGCCAAUUCACUGGCAGAUUUGAAAGGACGUCGGCAUUUUGAUUAUAUCGUCAUCGGCUGUGGGGGGAUAGGAAGCGGCGCCCUCUACUGGCUGUCCAAAAGAUCUGGAUCUAACGUCCUGGGGCUUGAGAAAUUUCACAUUGGCCACGAAAAUGGCGGGUCUCAGGAUGUUUCUAGAAUUAUACGGCUGACCUACCCACACGAUCGCUACAUCAAGUUGACGCCGGACACGUUUCAAACGUGGGCGACCGUUGAAGCCGAGUCUGGCAUGAAGCUGGUCUACAAGUCUGGCGGGCUGACUCUCGCAGAGCGCGGGCUGACAGACGACAUCAUGGACGAGUACGAGGGCGCCAUGAAGAGACACAAGAUUCCAUACCAACGCUGGGACCACACACAGCUGAUGCAGCAUUAUCCACAGUUCACGGUUGGGCCUGGUGUGGAGGCCCUGUACCAGAAAGAUGCCGGGAUUGUGGACGCCGCUUUGGGGAACUCUCUCCAUCUCCAGCUGGCUCAAGGCCGAGGUGCUCAAGUUCUGGACAAUUGUCCGGUCAACAACGUCACUAGGCUGGACAAUGGAUCGAUUCAGCUGACCACUCCCCUGGGUAAGUUCACCUGCCGCCGUGUAGUGGUGACUGCCGGGGCUUGGAUCAACAACAUCCUGAGCUGCAUCGGCGGUCACGUGCCUGUCUACGUCACACAGGAAAAUGUCACGUACUUCGCAUCACCUCACGUAAAGGAGUUCACAACAGACAGAUUCCCAAUGUUUAUCUACCACGCCCCUGGAAAUGACAUUUAUGGACUUCCGGUACACGGAAUAAGUGGCACGAAGAUUGGAAUCGAUGCGGCUGGUCCUGUUGUUAGCGGCGACACGAGGACCUGGACCCCAGACCCCGUCCGUCUAGAGAGGGUGCAGGGUUUCUUGGCGAAACAUUUGCCAAAGUUCCUAGGUCCGGUGAUGAAAACAAAGACGUGUCUGUACACGAUGACCCCUGACCGGGACUUCCUGAUUGACACCUGCGCCAAACUGGGUUUUCCCGAUAUCGUCGUCUGCUGUGGUGCUGGCCACGCCUACAAGUUUGCUUCACUGCUGGGUAAAAUCCUCAGUGAGCUGGCGGUAGAUGGACGAACCACGUACGACAUUUCGGAGUUCUCUUGGAACCGCGAAGCUCUGACCAACCCCAACUUUACCCCCGUGUUUGUCAUGGGUACAAGCAAGCCAAGCAAACUCUGAAUCCAUUUCAAGAGAUGGUCGUUGUAACGGAUGCAGUAAAAAAAUUCUCUUGUU